CUUUGUUAAUUCUGAUUCGUGUGCCGCCGCCGCCGGAGCGCUUAUUACUGCUGCACGUUAGCUAAAUGGCGAACCACCUGAAGUUCGUGGCUCGGACAGUGAUGGUCCAAAAUGGGAACGUGGACACGGCUUAUAAAACACUGAACAGGAUCCUGACGACCGACGGCAUCGUCGACGAGGCCAAGCGGAGGCGCUACUACGAGAAGCCGUGUCGCCGGCGGCAACGGGAGAACUACGAGGCGUGCCGACGGAUCUACAGCAUGCAGAUGGGGGAGAAGAUCUCCUUCCUCAUGAGGAGGAACAGGCAGGACCCCUGGGCCGGCUGCUAGACCCCCCCCCCCCCCCCCCCCCCUGUAUAACAAGCACAGCGGAACCUUCCACAAACACUGGGAGAGCGCCCCCUACAGCAUGGCUGACCAAACCUGGGUUUGUUUAGACCGGGGAUUCUUCAAAAGAACUGGGAUGGAAUUAAGACUCCCGUUGCUUGGCAGUUUGAUCCACUCCUGGUUUUGACUGUGAGUUUAAUUGCAGGGGUGCUAACGAGACUCUUUCCACUCUCUGGUCUUUGUUCCAAACCCUGUUCUGAAUCGUUUAAUUAUUCACCCUGUUAGAUAAACCUCCGUCCCUCCAUCCAGACCCCCUGAAGGAGUUCCUGCUCUCAGAUGAUCAGACGCUGGCUGUGCAGUCGCUGUGUGUGUCUUUAAAGAUUACAUUCUGUGAUCUUCUCAUCUCAAUAAAACCUAUUGCUGUUGUU